AUGAGCUCUGGUAUAAACUCCGCUAGGAGCUUUAUUGAGUUCCUAAGUAUGUUUGAGAAGAAGGGAGAUGUUUACAUUCCUAAAGACUUAUCUCAGAACAUUCUGAGGCACUUUGGAGAGAGAACAAAAGAAGGCCUUCUUCUCAGAUACGAAGAGGUUCUCUAUCUUUACAACAAAAACAAGAAUCCAGUGGAUCUCAGAGCAAGGAUGUAUUUUGAUCUGAAAAACAGUGACUAUAAUAUUUUAUUUAGCAGUACUGGUAAGGCAAAGAUCUACAAUAAGAGAAAGCACUUUAACAGGAAAAAAGAUAAGGAAAUAGGCGUGUUUGAGUACUGCAAGAAAGAUGAGUGCUUUAAGGAUAAGGUUCGAGAAUAUUCAAGUGAAAAUCUGCUAAGUAAUAAAUUAAUAGCAGCAAUUGAAAGCUGGAAUGAUUAUUGCUUAGUUGAAAUAACACCAAUAAAAAAGCCUAACAAAGAGUUGAAUGAUAAAAAAUUAUUAAAAUAA